GACCCGACCCCAGCAGCAGCGGGUGGAGGGAGCGCGCAGCUUGCGCUGGGCAGAGCAGCGGACCCAGGGCUGCCCCGCCGGGCCCGGCUCCCCUGGGCGGGCAGUGCGGCUGGCAUGAGGGCGGAGGAGCCCCUGUCUCUCGCGGGGGCCGGGGGCGGCUGCGGAGAGGCGGAGGCGGCCGGGGAGGAGCGGAGCGGCGGCGGCCGUUGCUGCAGCAGCGAGCGCCUGGUGAUCAACAUCUCCGGGCUGCGCUUCGAGACCCAGCUGCGGACCCUGUCGCUCUUCCCGGACACGCUGCUGGGGGACCCGAGCCGCCGGGUGCGCUUCUUCGACCCGCUGCGCAACGAGUACUUCUUCGACCGGAACCGGCCCAGCUUCGACGCCAUCCUCUAUUACUACCAGUCCGGGGGCCGGCUCCGCAGGCCGGUCCAUGUGCCCCUGGACAUCUUCAUGGAGGAGAUCCGCUUCUACCAGCUGGGCGAGGAGGCCAUCGAGACCUUCCGGGAGGACGAGGGCUUCAUCCAGGAGGAGGAGAAGCCCCUGCCUCGGCAGCACUUCCAGCGCCAGGUGUGGCUCCUUUUCGAGUACCCGGAGAGCUCUGGGCCGGCCCGGGGCAUCGCCAUCGUCUCGGUGCUGGUGAUCCUCAUCUCCAUCGUCAUCUUCUGCCUGGAGACCCUGCCCGAGUUCCGCCAGGAGAGCAAGGGUGCACCGCCGGGCUUUGCGCACCGGGAGGACGGGCAGUUCUUGCUUCCUGAGCAGCCAAAUGGCACCCCGUCCCCGAUGCACCCCUCUCCCAGGACAAGCCCCUUCUUCACCGACCCCUUCUUCCUCAUCGAGACCCUGUGCAUCAUCUGGUUCUCCUUCGAGCUGCUGGUGCGCUUCUUCGCCUGCCCCAGCAAGCCCGAGUUCUCCAGGAACAUCAUGAACAUCAUCGACAUCGUGGCCAUCAUCCCCUACUUCAUCACCCUGGGCACCGAGCUGGCUCAGGAGCAGCAGGAGCCCGGGGCCCCCAGCACCGCCAGCAACAACAACGGGGGCCAGCAGCAAGCCAUGUCCCUGGCCAUCCUCAGGGUCAUCCGCCUGGUCAGGGUCUUCAGGAUCUUCAAGCUCUCCAGACACUCCAAGGGGCUGCAGAUCCUGGGGAAGACCCUCCAGGCGAGCAUGAGGGAGCUUGGUCUCCUCAUCUUUUUCCUUUUCAUUGGUGUAAUUCUCUUCUCUAGCGCCGUGUAUUUUGCUGAGACUGAUGACCCAGAAUCUUUGUUCACCAGUAUCCCAGAUGCUUUCUGGUGGGCAGUAGUGACCAUGACCACUGUGGGCUAUGGGGACAUGUACCCUAUGACAAUCGGGGGCAAGAUCGUGGGCUCCUUGUGUGCCAUCGCUGGCGUGCUGACCAUAGCCCUGCCCGUACCUGUCAUCGUGUCCAACUUCAACUACUUCUACCACCGAGAAACUGAGCAGGAGGAGCCGUGCCAGUACACCCAUGUCACCUGUGGCCAGCAGCAAUCUCCUUUCUCGGAGCCUAAAAAGAGGGACAGUAAUCAGUCCCUCAGUAAAUUAGAAUUUCUGGAGGCAGAAGAUUUAGAAUCUAUGAAAUAUCCCAACUUCAUUCCAACCAGCAACCAGGGCUAUAGAGGGAAGAAAAUGCUGACAGAAGUGUGAUCAGCUUCUCUAACAGGGUGCGGAAUAAGACUGGACUUCUACAGUUCUUCGACCCUCACCCCAUUCUCCUGGUUCCCAAAUGCAUAGCCACAAGCUGCUGCACAUUCUCCCUCCCAGUAGUAGCUGCAUAUGUUCAAGACAAAACACCAGGCUGCGAAUUGUGAUGCCGAAAACAAAUUGCUUGUGAUUUGGACACUCCUGUCCUUGAUUGCUAUGUCUCAUUAGCUUGUGCAAUUGGACAUUCUUUUGCCUUACUCUAUAGACCCAAGGGAGCCAACCUGUUGUCCCCUUCUCCUUCCAUUUUAUUUUUGGCAUGGGGCAGAGCUUUAUUCCAGUUGUAACUCUGAAGACUAAUUAUUCUACUACAUCGACAAAAGAAAUUGCUACAAGAUCAGGCAGGGAAUAGGUCAAAUGGGCUAGUAACAGCUCUCUCAAGCUGUGCCGUUGAAUUCCUGUGCUGGUACAGUGACCUUGCUUGGGGGCUCAGUCUUGCCUGCCUCUGCGGUUGCCUCGGGAGACUGGAAAUGUUGGGUCCAGCAUUGAACUGUGUUCUGCAGAUGUAGGGAAGGUCAACGAGUGCCCUAUCUCUGACACUUUCCCCUGGGUUUGCCCUGCAGUGUACAUGUAAGGGCCUGUUUGUUGUUAGAUUUUCAGAUCUAAAAGCACUUUAAUUUUUAACUAAUUGCGAUGAUAGAAGUUGUGACCAAUAUUCGCCAUCUGUGGCAUGGCAGAAACAGGUUUUUUUUUUUUAAUUUAUAGUAAUUAUUUUCUUAUUCUUUAUGUUUGAACAAAUUUCACCUUUGUUUCCAUCAGUGCCCUAGUGUUAGUUAGCAUUUAUCAUAGCAACACCAUCUUUGUGCCUGUAAAUGACUUCCUAUGCAAGGCACCUUUGUCUUCCGACAUGUACCACAUAAGUGUUUUAAUGAAAUGUACUUUAUGCUACAAGUAUCCAUUUAGAACCAUAGGAGCAGUUGACUUCACUGGGGUGUGUAGUUCUGAAUUUAAGGGUUUGUAUAGAUUAGGGAAAUUUGCAGUAGUGUAGUUACACUGCUGCAGACCCCUGCUGUAGACACACUGGAUCAGUGCAAAAUGGGGCUUACAUUGGUAUAACCAACCCACCGGGGUCAAUCACACCAGUAUAGUUGUGUCAUUAGGGGUAUGCAUUGCCACCAGUGCAAAUUUCCCUAAUCUAUCUAGAUAAACCCUAAAGGCAUAACUGGGAUCAAAAGACCUAAAGGCCUAAUUUUGGAAAGAUUCUGCUGUCUUAACAAGAAAUACCCAAAAUGUAAGUUUAGAUGGAAGGUGCACCAAGAUCGUUCACAUACUCCAGGUUCUUAUGAGAGCACCAUUUGUCAGCAGUGCAAAAGGCACACUCCAGUCUGAAGCAUUAUGCUUAUCAGUGAGCACGUUUUACAUCUCAAGGUGCAUCUACUGUAUCCCAGAUCAUCUCACUAUUUAAAAUAACUCUGCCUUUUUUCUGAUUUUUUAAAAAAAAAUUGCUCAACACCUUUCCUUGUUGGAGAGCAAGUGGGGAGGAAAGGAAAAUUGAUGCUUAAGCCUUGACAGACUUUAUCCUGGUCUUUCCUCAUUUAAGCCCUGAUCCUGCACUGAGAACUGUGUGGGCAAACCUCAACGCUUUUGUGCUCACCCUGAGUCCCACUGACUUCAAAGGGGCUCUGUAUUGGGUGCAGUGAUCUCUCUGCACAGUUCUUAGUGGAGGAUCAAAGCAUUAGGCCUUGAUCCUUCUCCUACUGAAGUCAGUAGCAAAAGUAACGUGGAUUUCCAUGGUGCAAGAUCAGGUCCUUAGGCCUGAUUGUGAGAUGUGAUGAGUACUAUCAAAUCCCAUUGAAACUGGUGGUAGCUGAUAGUUCAGCACAAAGCUAUUUUGUUUGGUUGUAUUUCAGGAAGGCUGUUUUACAUAAUGAAUUAUUAUGAUUUUUUUUCUACGGCAGAGACUGUUUGUGCUCAGACUCUUUGUGGUACCAGCAGGUGUGCAGUAGCUCUGCUGAAUGGCCUUUUUGAGAGACACCGCUCGAGGUAUCCGGGCACUGCUGUCUCUCAGCACAAUGCCUGUGCUAUUUUGGGGUUGUUUUUAUGUAUGUUUAUACUAGCUGCUAAAAGUUUCCCUAAACUGAGAUAUAAAAAACUCAGAUUAAACAAAAGUUCAGGAGGAGAGACAAGACAUACUGUUAUCUGCUUCAGAAGCUUAAAUUCCUUAAAUUCCAUUUCUUCCGAUGAAGUGAGCUGUAGCUCACGAAAGCUUAUGCUCUAAUAAAUUUGUUAGUCUCUAAGGUGCCACAAGUACUCCUUUUCUUUUUGCGAAUACAGACUAACACGGCUGCUACUCUGAAACAUUUCUUCCCUGUGUCCUGACACCGGCAUCACUGAUUGGCAGAAACCCUUGUCUUCUAAGACAUUUAGAUUCAGACCAAAUUGCUGGCAGGACAAUCGUCAUAACCUAACUCCAGCAUGAAGGUGUGGUCCAAGUGUCCUAGAAUUGUUUGCUUAAGGGAUGCUCUCAACUUAAAUGUGGGACUUUUGUGAUGUGUGUAGGUUUUAUGGUCAAUAAAAUAUCUCUACAAAACAAAGAAACAUGCUAGUGAAAGCAGUCUGCUGCAAACAAACAACUCCCUACAGUGUUUGCCAAACUUUUCAACACUGAGAAGAACCUGCAGAUGAAACUGUCUAUAAAAAAUAAGUGAAAUUGACUUUAUGGAUUUCCUUUUCCAUAACUGAGAGAAAGGCAAAAAGGAAACAAGGGUCCAAAUAUGCAAACUUGGGUGCCUAAAAUUAGGCACCCAAAAUCAGUAUUUUAAGCACUUUAGUGAAUGUGGGCUGAUUUUUCAGGGUUGUUGAGCAUUUGCAAUUAUUGUGGGUGCUCAGCACUUCUCAGCAGAGGGCCACUUUUAUUUAGGAAUUAUGGGUGGGAGUUAAGAAAAUCCCCGAGUGAUUUAGGUGCACACAUCCCAUUGGCUUUCAAUAGAACUUGUGCUCUCACAUCACUUAGAGUGGGAUUUUUGAAAACACCUAAGUUCCUGACUUUAGGCAUUCAUUUGGGAUAUAAGAGGCUGUUUUGCUAUCUAUCUAGCUAUUUUCCUUCUUAAGUCAGAGCACAUCUUUGUGAAGCAUUUGUGGAAACUAGGAAUCUCCAGGGACUUGUUUCCAUAACAACCUUGCAGACUGUUUCUCUGUACCUUGUGACUUUGGCUACAAGCAAAAACACUGGCUAAAUAUUCCAAGUUCCCAGACACAAACAUCCCAUUAUUACAGCUGUUUGGAAAAGGCUAUAGUGUGGGGGGUGAGG